GCAGUUUUGCGCUGCAGGUGCGUAAAAGCGGAGCGCGAGGACAGAUGGCUGCGCUGACGAUACAAAGGACUGACAACUUUUUACACACUUUUUUACAGGACCGGACGCCCAGCUCCUCUCCAGAGGGAGCACCUAACGCCCUCUCCAUUCUGGCCACCACCUGCAGCCAGGCCUGGCAGGUGGGGGGCUCGAUGGGCUCCGACGGCUCCCAGUUCCCGUAUGAAGGUACAGUCAGCUCCACAUCUGGGAUGUUUCAGCUUUGGAGCAACGACAUGUCGCCCAGCACAGCCCUCAGCACGCACCAGAUGACCUUCACGGUGCCCAAGGUGCAGUUCCCUGGACACAUGCAGUCUGGCCUGGGUCAUCAUCAUCACCAUCACCACCAUCAUCACCCCCAUCAUCAUCACCACGAGCUGCCUCUUACCCCUCCAGCUGAACCGGCGUCCUCCUACUCCUUUGAACUGUCCCCUGUUAAAGUGUUGUCCUCCCAGCCGCAGGCCAACAGUCCUUAUUAUCCCCAACAUAACGCCGUGGGACAGAACUUCCCCAGCUUCCUGCAGAACCCCUCAGCCAGGCACCACCUGUCGGGGGGCCACGUAGAGGAUGGGCAGCAGUGGUGGAGCCUUCCACAAACCAAUACCACUCCUGCCAGCCAUCCCUUCUCCCUGAGCAGACAGCUGGUGUUGGGUCACCAGCCUCAGAUCGCUGCUCUUCUGCAGGGAACCUCCAAGGGUCUGCUGGGCUCCACGCGCCGCUGCCGCCGCUGCAAAUGCCCCAACUGCCAGGCCAACGGCGGGGGGCUGGAGUUUGGUAAAAAGAGACUGCACAUCUGCCACAUCCCGGAGUGCGGCAAAGUGUAUAAGAAGACGUCUCACCUGAAGGCACAUCUGCGCUGGCAUGCUGGAGAGAGGCCCUUCAUCUGUAACUGGCUGUUCUGCGGUAAGAGCUUCACCCGCUCCGAUGAGCUUCAGCGGCACCUUCGCACCCACACCGGAGAGAAGCGCUUCGGUUGCCAGCAAUGUGGCAAGAGAUUCAUGAGGAGCGACCACCUCUCCAAACAUGUCAAAACUCACCAGACCAGGAAAGGCCGAUCCGGGCAGCCUGGGCCGAGCCCAGACUCCAUGCUCACCAUUAAAAGAGAGUAAACUCAAAGGAGCAACAUUUACCAGACUGGGAUUCACACUCACCGCCAUAGAUUUGCACUACAGGGUAUGCAUUCAGCUCCCUGAUCAUUUUGUUUUCUUGUCAA